AUUAUUUAAUGUUUUAAUUAAAAUUAAGGACAAGGGCAUGUUUAUGAUGAUAGUUACGAUUAACGUUGUCAGUUUGUGGAAAUUAGACUUGGCUUAAAGGUUUCGUAGCCAUGCCAUAAAAAUAUCUUUCACAAUACCUCCAUGUUAUUUUUGACAUUGACUUUGACAAUUGUGCCUGGCAAGGACCAGGCGGGAAAGAAAAGGGACCUCUCACCUUUCUUCUUGUAAACAAACUUUAAGAUACCAUUUAUGUUACUUAAAGCAGAGUCGUUAUUUUAUAAAAUCCUUGAAACGAAAAGAUUCCUACGAAUUACCAAAAUGGCUAAAAGCUCCUUUGAAUAUGUGAAAAAGUUUGAACUGGACGAUACAUUAUUACCAAACACCUGGAUAGUUGUGAGACUUGACGGCAAAUGUUUUCAUAAAUUUGCUGACGACCACAACUUCAAAAAGCCGAACGAUUUAAGAGCAUUGAAGUUAAUGAACUAUGCUGCCUUUUCUGUGAUGCGAGAUUUUAGUGAUUUGUUAAUGGGAUUUGGACAAAGUGACGAGUAUUCUUUUGUUUUUAAGAAAGACUGUAAUUUGUAUAAAAGACGUGCUGCUAAACUUUUGACUACAAUUACUAGCAAAUUUUCAACUUCAUAUACUUAUUAUUGGAAUAAGUUUCUUGCAGACCAACAAUUAUUAUAUCCCCCUUCAUUUGAUGGCCGGAUUGUAUUGUAUCCCAAUGAAGACACCUUGAUUGACUACAUGAAAUGGCGACAAGCAGAUGUUCAUAUAAACAAUUUAUAUAAUACUACAUUUUGGACGUUAGUUCAAGAAGGCAAACUAAGCCCUACACAGGCAGAGAAAAGGUUAUGUGGAACAGUCUCAGCUGAUAAAAAUGAAAUAUUGUUUAAAGAGUUUAAUAUAAAUUAUAACAAUGAAUUAGAAAUAUUUAAAAGGGGAACACUUUUGUUUAGAAAGAAUAUAAACAUUGAUGAGUCAAAUAAAUGUUCUACAGUAAUAGUAGAUGUUCAUGAUGACAUGUUGAAGGAUAGUUUUUGGAAAGAUCAUAAAGAUUUAUUCACAAUAAAAUCUAAGCAACAUUUUAUUUACAAUGGACCAAUGACAGAAAUAAUUAGUGCACAAUUACAUGGCAGAAAAUCUGUAAUACCAGAAACAACAUAAUAAAUUAAAGAUUUAUUAAAAAAAAAUUAUACCAUAUACUGUUUUUACCUAUAUUUUACACAAAAUUGAUUGUUGACUCAUUUACAUGACAUCAAUAUUUAAGUUUAUGAACCUUUAAUCUUAUAUCAACUUAUUCUUUUCCCAUGGUAUUUAACCGUUGGGUGAGUGUACUUUGUAUGGAAAAAGGAAUUUUGUUGACUGUAUUUUUGCUUGUUAUUCAACCUUAUAUUAACUUUAGAACUGCGAAAUCAACACAGUCACACUUCCAUGCCAAAAUCACAACAAUUUAAAUAAAAUUUGUUACACAAAUAGUCUAGAGCCUGAGAAAGGAAAUAGGCUUCUCUUUAAUGUGAAAAAAGAGAUAAAAGGGGGAUGAAUGGAGGGAGAAAGUUGUAUGGAGGUAUUGUAAAAUUACAUCACAAAAUAGGAGAUGAGAGUUUGUAUAUAAAUAUGCAAGGUUUAUAUGAAUGUACCCAAAGAUAGUAUUUCAUGUGGGCGAAAUUGCAGGCGUUGGUUGUAGGACAUAUUGGAAAAAGGCACUUAACAGCGGACAAUACUUAAAUAAAAGACAAUUUUUUAAACAUUUUUUAUUUUAUCUAAUACAAUAAUACAUGAUGCUAACAUUAAUAAAACUCUUCUAAUAUAAUGUGGUGUUUGUAAUUUACAGACUAAAAAUAAAACAGCAAAUUUGCCUUGUUCAAAAUUUAAAUGAAUAUUUAAACAAAUUACUUGUCUAUGAAACAAUUAAAUGUUUUACAGUACAUACUCAAAAAUAAAUUAGAAAUAUAAUACAGGUUUAAUGCAAUUAAGCAAAAUAGAAGACAAUAACAAAAUCAAGAUUAAUUAUAUUAAAUAGGAAAUCUAUAAUAAUUUGUAGUAUUAGCUAUUUUGAUUAUUCAAUGUCGCCCACUUUUAAUAUAUUGCACACAUAAGUGUGCCAUGGAAUGCUUGAAUAUAUUUUAGAUUAAAUCAAUUUUUAACAUUUAUAGAAAUUUAUGCAUUCUAUGUUUGGUUUACAUUUAUUUCUUAAAUACUGUGUAAAUUCUGCUCUGUAUAUCUAUUUAACAAUUUGAACUGGAAUUGUCAUAACACAUACAACAUUAUUUACAUUGCAAGGUUGCUUGAAUAUAAAGCUUUUACAUUGUUUAGAAAA